AUGGAUUCUCUAGAAAGUCGAAAGCGGCAAGGAGGAUGUAUGAAAUUUCUUGGUGAAUAUUGGGCUCUUCUCAUCAAAAUGCUUCUCUUGACAAAACGUAAACGUGGUCAAACCAUAGCAGAAUUUCUUCUUGCAUAUAUAUUUUUGAUUCUUCUACUUGCUAUGAGAUAUCUUCUCGAUCGUAGCUAUUAUCAAGCGCGACAAAUGACAGCAUUCCGUCCAUAUGACUCAAUGUUAAGUAAUAGCACAACUGCCAAUAUAACAUAUUAUUAUCCUUAUAGUGUAUGUACGGAUACAAUUGUGAGAACUGCUGUUAGCAAUUUAGCACUGAAUGUUCCUGGUUUUCCUACCAGCGUUCAAUCAAUUUCGGAUCCGACUUUAUCAUCUUUUUCAAAUUCGACAUUGGAAACAAUUUUUGCCUACGUUUAUUUUACUAAUAUCGAUGCUUCAUGUAAUACUUAUACUUCAAUACCAGAUCAAGUUCAAUAUACAUUACGAAUGCAAGAAAAUGGUCUUACAUAUUAUCGUGCUCAACAGGUUAAACUUUCUGAAAGUGAUUAUUUUUGGAAACGUUCACCCGAAGAUUAUUGCCAAGACAAUAAAACAGCGAUUAAUUAUACAACUCAAUUUUUAGGUGUUCAAUAUUUUAUUGAUUUAUCAAUUAUUGAAUAUACAACAAGUAUCAGUCAGAGUAUAUCAAGUAUUUAUAUGUAUCAUUUUGGUUGUCCAGAAGUUUAUUUGGAUCAACUUCAUUCGGGUUUUAAUUUCUUCGUUCCAUUAUUUUAUUCUAUUAUCUAUGUCGUGACAUUUAUUUUGAACGUUGGGUACAUAGUCGAAGAACGUGCGAACAAAACUAAGGAAUAUUUACGAAUCUUUGGUCUUCGUACUUGGGUAAAUAAUCUCGUUUGGGUAACACGAUCAAUGUUUAUUUUUUUCAUAUUAACUUGUAUUUCAACUGGAUUGAGUAAAGUUCCUUUAAAAGGAUCAAGUAGUGCAUGGAAUAGUGCUAGCAAAGCUGUUUUUAAUUAUACACAUUGGACAGUUCUUUGGACAGUCUUAUUUGUUUAUUCAAUUCAAGUAUCGACAUUUGCUGUUUUGUUUGGACAAUUUUUUAAACGAACUUUAUUAGCAAAAUUAAUUGGUUUGAUUAUUUGGAUUUUAACAUUUAUUGAUUAUUAUUCUAGUGCACCAGUUGGUCUUCGAUAUUUUCUAUGUUUUUUUCCAAAUGCUGGUCUUUUAUUUUGUAUACAAGUUAUGGAACAAUAUGAACGUCGAAGUAGUGGUAUGGUCACAUAUGGAGAACUUUAUUCAAAUAUAUUUGUAUAUCGAUUAUAUAUUGGCCUAUGUCUUCUGCUUAUGUUAAUCUAUUCUGUGAUUUAUAUGUUUCUUGCUAUUUAUGUUGAACGUGUCAAUCCUGGUGAAUUUGGUAUUUCACAACCAUGGAAUUAUUUAUUUAGAAAAUCUUAUUGGACAUCAUCAAGAGUACAACCAGCUGAUAUUGGAAAUAAUUUUAGUAAAAUUCAUAAUGAUACACCAAAUAACAAUAAUUGGAUUGAAUUGAAUCAUGUUGAGAAGAAAAAAAAUCCAUCAAUGACAAUAGAUCAUUUAACUAAAACUUUUGGAAAUUUUCAAGCUGUUUCAAAUCUUUCACUUGAGUUUUACUCUGGUGAAGUAUGUACAUUGUUAGGACAUAAUGGUGCAGGAAAAACAACUACAACAUUUAUUCUUGUUGGCAUGUUAAUUUUUAUUGAAAAUUUCGAUUGA